AGAUACAACGUAUCAUUUACCUUGCAUCAGUGUGCAGUGAAUGUUUACUUAAUCUGCCGUCUGGGUCAGUUAUGUUGGUCGCUUCUUCCACUUUUAAACAGCCAGAAAAGUUAGAGAACGGAAUGUGAUAUUAUAAGUGAAGAAAAUGCUCCUCGUGCAACUGUAUGUGAUCAUUUAUGCCAUAAAAGCGAUUUCUGGUGCAUCCAUCGAUCCGUUCGGAUGGGCCAGGGCUGACCGGUUAGAAUUUCAUAUUCCUUGGUUACCAUUUGAAAAUGAAACAAGAUGCUAUGACGAAUUGGGCUGUCUUAACAUAACAAGAAGUUGGUAUCAUCUAAUCUACCGUCCAUUUAACGUAUUUCCUUUGCCCAGAUCUGUGAUAAAUACUAAAUUUAUUUUAUAUACAAGAGCCAAUCCUAAUACGAGUGAAACGCUGAGAGCCCUCGAUGAAAACUUAAAGAAAUCAAGUUUAGAUUUAAAGAAGAAAAUCAAAUUUAUCAUUCAUGGCUUUAUCGAUACACCCUUAUCGAACUGGGUGGGUGAUAUGAAAGAUGAACUUCUGAAGGGAGAAGACUUAAAUGUGAUCAUUGUGGAUUGGGCUGGCGGAAGUCUUCCUUUGUACACCCAAGCUACUGCUAACACACGAUUGGUCGGCCUGGAAUUGGGAUACUUUAUUAAUUUCCUCAUGAAGAAUUACGCAGUAGAUCCUGCAGACAUACACAUUAUAGGGCAUUCUUUAGGUGCGCACACUGCAGGUUAUGCUGGAUCGAUGGUACCCGGUUUGGGCAGAAUUACUGGCUUGGAUCCCGCUGAACCAUAUUUUCAGGGAAUGCCUUCACAUGUCCGCCUAGAUCCGACCGAUGCACAAUUGGUUGAUGUGAUCCAUACAGAUGGGAAAGGAAUAAUUUUUUUGGGGUAUGGUAUGUCGCAGUCAUGUGGGCACGUCGAUUUCUAUCCCAAUAGCGGUAAAGAACAACCCGGAUGUGACAUAACACAAACGCCUCUCAUUCCAUUAACUCUUAUAAAGGAAGGGUUAGAGGAAGCGUCACGAGUUCUUGUCGCUUGUAAUCAUAUAAGAGCGAUUAAAUUGUUUACUGAGAGCAUUAACUCACAGUGCCCUUACAUUGCGCAUCAAUGUCCAAGCUACCAACAUUUUGUUUCCGGUAAGUGCUUCACAUGCAAAUCCGGCGCGGGAAACUGUGCUGUGAUGGGCUACCACCUUGACGCAAGCCCUCAUUUGGAAAAUGAAGUAACCCCUCAAACAAACAAAUUUCAUGAAACCAUCGGAACGAAAUUCUACACGAUUACCGGCAAAGAGCAACCUUACUGUCAUCGUUUAUAUCGAAUUAGCAUUGAAUUAGCGAAGCCGUUGAUUGCUGAAUCGUGGGUGCAAGGUUUUCUCAAGGCGUCCUUGCACAGCCCAUCCGGUGUCGUUCACAUAAAUCUAACGCCGUCCGGUGAUAUGAAGCUUGCGCAUGGUACAACUCAUACAAUGGUAGUGUCGCAUCCGUCAGAUUUGGGCGGAAACGUGAAGAAAGUCGAAUUGAAUUGGGAGUAUGAUAUGAACGUUUUAGAACCACGAACCCUAUGUCUUCUUUGGUGCAACGAUCAUUUAUACGUUAAAAGCGUAACUGUCGACGAAAUGGAACUACCAGGAAGAGGGAAACGGGAUACCCACUUUACAAAUAGGCUCUGUUCUCCCAGCAAACGCGAUUACGCAGAUAUUUCCAAUGGAGGAAGAGCAGUUUUUGUUGAUGUUUGUAAUACAGAUAAACGUGAUGUAACAAGGUAGCACAAUUAUAUCAAAUAAGGAAACAUUGUACCUGCUAGAUUUUUUGUUAACUAUGUUUUUUAGUGUAAAGUCUGAAUGUAGACAUCUGCAUUAGUAUAGUCUCAUUAACAUAUUGAAAGGUUUGUGAUACUUUUAAUGGUAAUACUGUUACAGUAUUUACUUUGUUUUGUGUUACUUAAUAAAUACAAUUAAAUUACUGACA